UAUCCAAAUGUCAUUUUCCUUGACGACUUGGUUCCCUAUUUCUAAUUUCCUCAUAAUAUUUGUAGAAUUCUCGUAAAUUAUUCCAUUUAGACCAAAAAUGUCGGCAGAAAAUUCGCCGAUUAAACCAUCUAGAUCACCCAGUGACAUAGAAACUCUCGAGGAUUUUGAGAAUCAAGAUACGCUGUUGAAACAUGUGGAUAUAUCGAUUGUGGAGUCGGAGAAACGUGCGAACGGUACUCUUCACGUCCGGGACCACUACACAGUGUAUCUAAUCGAUCUGAAAGUAACGGAUCCAGAUUAUAAACUAGUGCAGUCGAAGAUAAGCACGAUAUGGCGGCGGUACACGGAGUUUGAACAGAUACACGACUACCUGCAGGUCACAUACUCGCAUGUAGUCAUACCACCUCUGCCGGAGAAACGGGUAAUAUAUGCAUGGAGGAAGUCAGACACAACGGACCCCGAGUUUGUGGAACGCAGACGAGCGGGGCUGGAGAACUUCCUGCUGCGUGUAGCGUCUCACCCUAGAUUGUGCUUUGAUGACCAGUUUCUGCACUUCCUGCAACAGGAACACGGCUGGCGGGAAACCAUUACUGAUAGUGGCUACCUGUUACAAGCUGAAAAUAAACUAAAAUCAUUAUCAGUAUCAAUCAGACUGAAGAAACCUGAUCCUGAAAUAGAAAGUGUAAAGAAUUAUGGGAAACAGCUGGAGACCAAUUUAGGAAACUUUUUAUAUACUAGAUCAAAAAUAAUAGAGAAGAAUUACGCAUUAUGCAAGAUGCAUUCUAACUACGGCAAGUUGUUUAGCGAAUGGAGCGUCAUUGAGAAGGAGAUGGGCGACGGACUGCAGAAGGCGGGACACUAUUUUGAUUCGAUAGCAGACAGCAUCGACUCGGUAGCCGAGGACGAGGAGCAACUAGCGGACCAACUGAAGGAGUAUUUGUUCUACGCAGGCGCGUUACAACAACUGUGUCACAACCAUGAGGGGUUGCAGCGAGCACUAGAGACCGCACAGGAUACCCUUGCCAACCGGAUAGCAGAGCGCGGCCGCGCGGCGGCGGGCAAGUCGGGCCUGAUGUCGCGGCUGUUCGGCACCACGGACCCCGACAUCGUGCGCGACCAGACCACGCGCGCGCUCGACGCCAAGAUACUGCAGGACCAGCAGGCCAUCGAGAAGGCCAAGCUUGACCUCCAGGAAUUCACGAAAAAAGCGAUAGUUGAAAUAGAACAUUUCCAAAAGCAAAAAGACAAAGAUCUACACGAGUCUCUAGUUGGAUUCAUCACUUUACAAGUUAAAGCUGCCAAAAAGAACCUCCAAGCAUGGACGCAGAUCAAGGAAUGCCUACAGAACAUGCCGUGAGCCCCUACACUGUACAGUCAUUAAUUUAUUAUUUACCGUCACAAGAGGGUUAAAAAGGCCACAUCGAAGCAAUUCACAUAAAAAAGCAAUAUUGCUAUUUGUGCAUAAAAAGUAACUGCGCAAUGUAAAGAAAUGUCAAAUAGCAAUAUUGCUUUUCUAGAUGAUUUGCUUUUGGUGUGGCUUUUUAACCCCACAGGCCAUUUAGUGGUUAUUACACUACCCAAUCUACCCACCUCGACGCGUCAAGGUCAUAUCGAGAUUGGGAAAAUCGACGAUAUUACACUAGCGCGAGAUCGUGGUUACCAUGGUUACGCACCAUUUUGCUAUUAGUCUACACGGUCCUGUAGGCUCUGCACGGUAACCGCGCCACGGCGCGAAUUAUAUCGAGGCUUUCUUCCAAUAGCCGUUCGACGUCCAUCUACGUAAAUAGCAUUCGUAUCGUUUAUUUGUCGAAGGGCUCAAUUCCCAAUCCCGGCAGUUCGUCGCGCCCACGACCUUGACGCAUCGGGCAGGAUGGCUUGGCAAAUGUAAUAACCGCUUUUGUAAUACUGUAUAGGUAAACUAAAACUAAUUAUAAAAACUAUAAUCAUGCAUAAAAACCGAAAAAUACAUAAAUUUGUUCAAAUAAGUACUGUUGAUUAUGUCCCAAAUAUCACCAUUCUGUUAAUACAUACCUAACAUACCAUAAACAGCUUGUAAAGGGUGUUAGUGACACCAUGAUUCAGGUGACCACCAUGAUUCGCAAAAGUCAUCAUCAUCAUCAUCAUCAAUUUAAGAGCCACGCUCAUGUCGGUGCAGCAUUUUCAAUGCUACUUUUUUAGGGAAAAAUAGGGCAGUGGUUUCCCUCUUGCCUUCCGCCCUGCAGUACUCUGACUGACGCAAGUGGGAUAGCGCCCAGAGUAGUCUAUUACAAAGCCAUACUAGGACUCCUGUCCUCCGCCUCUGAAUAGUACUGACAAUAACAGUCGCAAAAGUAUGUAGCUGAAAAUAUUAAAAAAACGCUAAAACUUUCAGGAAUUUUCCGACAGGAAAUUCCACUUGAUAUCAACUCAGAAUCAUGGUCUGAAUCAUCCCUUCAGUAUUCGUUACGGUGUCACUAACACAGUGUCUACGUCCUACUGAUGGGCACAGACCUCUACUCCAUCAACCGGAGGGGGAGCAUACUCCACCACGCUGCUCCGCUUUGGGCGUUGUUACGGCUAAUAGCCGGGAUCAACGGAUUAACGUACCCUCCGGACAAUCAUGUCUUUCAAGUCUACAAGUCCUUACCAAAUAAAGGACAUUCUCACAAACAGAUUUCGACAAUGUCCCCACCGGGAAUCGAACCCGGACUUUCAUAUCGUGAGCCUAACGCCACUAGACCACAGAGGCUGUAAUACAUACCUAAAACUCAAAAAGAAAAAAAUAUAUCGCCACUAUUAUAAAAAUCUCAUGUAUUUUAUUUAUUGUACUGUACAUACGAGUAAUUAGAUAGGUUUAAAAUGUCCUUUAUGUUCACACUCAAAUUAUUGAAGACGUAUUUAUUUAAGACAUUGUUCAUUCCAAUCUAAUAUACUUACGUAUAUAUACUUAUAAUAUACUUACAUAAAUAGUCGUUUAUAGUGUUCAAUUUUAUAUACUUUUCACGUAAAGAUAUCGGGUCGUUCAUAUCAUGUUAAGAAAGCUAGAUUACACCAUGUUGCACUUUUGUAAAGUAUCAAAAUAUAUCGUAUAAAUACAUAUUACUCAUUUAAUAUACUUGUAUUUACGUAUUAGUUAAAAGGCAAAUCAAAUAUAAUAUUUUUUCUAUAUUUUCAAUGUCGAGAUAAUAGAAUCCGUGAUGGCCAUGCACGGAAAGCAAUUCACCUAAAAACAAUAUUGCUAUUUGACAUUUGUUUAUAUUGCGCACUUAUUUUUAUAUGCGCAAAUGUCAAAUUGCAAUAUUGCUUUUAUUAGAUAAAUUGCUUCGAUGUGGCCUUUUCAAUCCCCGGUUCUGUGAACGUGUGACUUACAACGUAGAAUAAAAAAAAAAAACAAAUUAUGGUACGGGUAAAAAUCGAAUUAAACCACUGAAUUCGACUUUAGCAGUAACUACACUACCCUCUCCACCCAGAUCGACGCAUUAAGGUCACAUCGAGAUUGGUAAAAUCGACGCUAUUACACUCGCUCAGAUCGUGUUAACCAUGGUUACUCCCCACCAACUCGCUCAGAUCGUGGUUACCAUAGUUACGCCCACCAAUUUGCUAUUAGACUACACGAUCCUUAUUGCCGCGCCCGUGACCUUUGAUAAGCGCUAGUUUCAUUUGCCAAUCCAUAAUGUCCGAUGCGUCAAAAUAACGGGCGCGGCGAUCAGGAUCGUGUAGUCUAAUAGCAAAUUGGUGGAGCGUAACCAUGGUAACCACGAUCUCGAGUAAGUCUAAUAUAAUGGCGUCGAAUUUCCCGAUCUCGAUCCGUGAAGCUGGCUGGAAGGAUUGGCUAGUCUAAUAACCGCUUUUAUGAGUUUGAAUUCACGUUUGGAUCAUAGAUAUAAAUAAUACCUUACUAUACAAUGAUUUUCAAUACCUAUUGAGUUAAUGCCAUUUGAGGCAAAUCACGUUAAAAAUACUCGUCACGUUAACAAUUCACGUUAAAAAAAAAUUGUAUUUGACGCGCUGCUCGCCUACACAAAAAUGUAAUUGAUUCUAAAAAGCGUUUAUAUACUUCUAUCUAGUUAAGAUUUAUAUGGAAAAUUUCGAGUUUCAUGUAACAAAUGUAUUGUAUAAUGUAGUUAAUUUCGUCCAUUUUCAUUUGCAUUUUUUUUUACUUUAAAUGUAGAUGCCUCUAUGUAAAUAAAUACUCAACUGUGAUGUUAAGACCAACUCAAUGUAGCGACUUAGCUAGUGUCGAAAUUCUAGUAUUUUUCUAUCUACCAAUCAGAUUACAUUAGGUUACUCCAUGGCGUGAUAGCCGACGCCUCUGAUUGGUCAAAAACAAUGUUACCAUUUCAAAGACAAGAAUUUCGGCAAACUUUUGUAUUAUAAAUGUAAAUGUGCUGAGUACCCAAAUGUGCUAACGUGUAUUUAUUUAGCUAAAUCACUAAAAAAAGUAGAUUUAUUUACUUUAUUAUUUAAUCAACGUAUGGCAUAGUGUGAAAAUGUAGUUUUGAAUAAAUAUCAGUGAUUUUUA